GUCGGUUCUUUUGUUAUGGUUGCCGGUGAAACUAGGCGAUUAGCCAAUGAGAGUCCUCGAAAUGAUUUAUUUAUGUCUCAAUGGGCUUGAACUGGAGUCAACAAUUUAAACAAGAAAAAGCGCAGUUUACAGGACGCUCUCGUGGCCGGAAAGAUGGGAGAAAUCAAAGUGCAAGAAAGAUAACCGUCCAAAUAUUUCGUUCCCUCGGAGACGGAAAGCUGGAGCAAAUAUUCGAGAAUUUUGCACGUGAAUGGUGACGUAAGGAUAUAGCAAACAUGGCUGGCACUGAGAGAGCGAACUUCUUGAAACCUUUACUGUUCACUAAAAUGUUCAGUCCCUGGUCAUUUAUACCCUCGUAAAGUUCGAAGACUGCUAAAAUAUUUAUCUAUUUUCUAAAGUCUAGAAGGACUUUUGUCUUUGUAAGCCAUGAAAUCGAGACACAUGAGUAUCAGAGGAGUUGUUACGAUGUUUGGCGGGUUGAUUUUUGGCUUCACUGUGGCAUUGUUCCUCCGGCAGAAUCUUCUGCCCGUCCAGUCGCGGCGUUGCCAUAUGAACUUUAUCAGAGACGUACGGCCGAGCACAUUGUCUAAAGAGCUUAACUCCAAACAUUUAAUCUUUAUUGGAGUUAUGACGGCUGAGAUGUUUCUCGAUUCGCGAGCGAAGGCAGUUCAUGAUACGUGGGGACGAAACGUCCCGGGUAAGUUAGAGUUCUUCUCAAGCGGCACGUCCCAGACUAAGAUGGAAUUACCCGUUGUGAGUUUACCCGGCGUGGACGAUUCAUACCCUCCUCAGAGAAAGUCCAUGAUGAUGUUGAAGUACAUGCAUGACAACUAUAUCGACCAGUUUGAGUGGUUUAUGCGUUCGGAUGAUGAUGUUUACAUUAGGACCGAGAAACUUGCAAGCUUUCUUCAGUCCCUAAAUAGUUCUCAGGACAUUUAUCUUGGCCAAGCUGGAACAGGAUCUAAAGACGAAAAAGGCUUGCUGGGUUUGGGCUCUGGAGAUAAUUUUUGUAUGGGUGGUCCAGGAGUCAUUAUAAGCAGAAGCGUUUUGAAGAAGGUUGUACCUCAUAUCGAAUAUUGUUUGAAACAUUUGCUCACAUCGCAUGAAGAUGUGGAGGUUGGGCGAUGUAUUAAACGUUUUGUGGGGAUUCCAUGUACUUGGUCUUUUGAGGUAAUUUUUCUGUUCUUGAUUUAUUAUUGCUAUAUUAAAGUUGCGUCGGUAGAGUGGAAUGAACUCGCGUUAUAAAGUAUGCGGCGGAAUUAAUUUUAACAUACUCACUGUUGAGGUCAUGAUCAAGAGAUAAGCGGACGGCGGGGUGAACGGCGCAAGAUGGGGAGGGGAGGGGGUGUCUGAGUGCGAGGCGGUAGCUUAAUCAAAUUGGGGGUCGAAAAGACGGGGGCAAAAGUUAUUUUCCGUGUUUUUCUUUUGUGUAGGUAUCAAACAGAACAUUUUUUAUGUGAUUUAUCAUGUCACAGUUCAACAUGUCUGAUGCAGGAAGUUCAAGCUCCUGUGUUCCUUAUUUGCUUUUGAUUAACACCUUCCCUCUGCUCACAUUUAGACUUAAUUUCUCUUUCUUUGAAUUGUUCUGGUGUCUAUAGAGAUGUUCAUGAUAAAAAUAGUCACAGAAUACAUUUACAAAAAAUUAUUUCCAUGAUUACCUCAAACAUUCAACACAAUUAUGAUGAUCAGGCUCUAAUUUAAAAUGAUGUAGUCUGUGUCAUUUUAAAUUGUUACUCUGACAUUUCUGUGAGUGAGAAAUACAGUAUAUCUUUCUUUAUCAAGAAUUUAAACUCUUACUAUGAAUUUUCUUUUCUUAUAAAUUAUAAUUCAAAACAGAUACUCUUGAAUUGUGGGAGGGCUUAUCUAUAGUGCUUUGGAAUUCUUGUUUACUUUCAAUAGCACGCUGAAAACUAGACUGAGAAGUUCAGGUUUUAGAAUUGACCAGGGCAGUUAUGUUGAGUUCUUAAUCAAGAAUUUAAACUCGCACCAUGAAUUCUCUUCUCUUAUGAAUAAUAAUUCAAAACAGAUACUCUUGAAUUAUUAGAGCACUUAUUUUUCUUCCCCCGCACCACUAAAGACAAUCUGUCGGGGUUUAUGCCAUUCUGCAAUAUCAAUGCUUCAGUUUAUCCAUCCUAAAUUUAAUUUGACUAUCAUGAAAUACAGAAAAUACCAAGUAUACUGAAAUCAGGGUAUACACUGCUUGAACAGCAACUAUUUUUAUGCUUCAGUUUCUCGUAAGUUACUCCAAAAAGUUGGUUUUCUCUACUGGUAAACUUAAAUUGUUGAAGAUAUUGUAAAGUACUGUUUAUAUAGGCCCUUUGAAUAUUUGUGCUUGUGGUGUAUGUGAAUUGCUGUAGAUAAAAAAGAAGAUUACCUUGACCUUUAUAGUUUCUGUGAUAAUACAUGCAGUUGGUCUAAAAGGUCUUAAUUUUUUUAAAAUAAUUAAUUGAAUGCAUGAUUUGAGCCCUGAAUUACCUCUAAGUUGUAUUCAAUUUAGAAUUAUCAACGGUUUUUGUCUUGGCUUGGCUCUUCCCAUCUUCAAAGCUGAGAAUUGAAAUUCUAUUGAAAAAUUACAUAACCCUUCUUAAAAACCUAAACAAUAUCAGUGUUAACCAGUGUUGAUUAACAUAUGCAAGAAAAAUUUAGGGCUAAUAUUUUUCUUUCUUUUGUGUGGGGGGAAGGGGAAAGAAAGCUUUGUUGUUUACUUUAAAAUUCUUAGUUAAAUUUCAUGUUUUUCCAGCUGCUCUGCUGUUUCCCUCUCAAAUUGAUUAUUUACUCAAAGAUGUGCAAAUAGCACUUUAGUUGAUUGAAUAUUCAGACAUUUAUUUCAAGGAAGGUAUUCUUUGUUAGGCCCUAUUGUUUGUUGGAUAAAUAGCUUUUCUAAUUUUUCACAGUUUAUUUUAGCUUCUCAAUGGUAUAGCACAAAUUCCAGAUCAUCACCAACAAUUCAUUUUUUUCAUUUGCUUGUUUUCCCAUGGCAACACUUUCAACUCUUAAUUUAGGAGUUUUGGAACUUGCAUAUUUCUUUUAUCAGGUUGUAAAUGGUAGAAGAAAAUUAUUCUCCAGGAAUGGUUUUCAAAAAAGCUUAAUUAUAUGUUCAGGGCCACUUAAAAAAAAAGGGGGUUUAGAUUAAUAUUUUAAAUUUAUUGAGCAUUAUUUUAGGCUGUAGGGACACAAAAGAUAGUAAAUUAUUUUUUUCAAUCAUAUUUUUGCCCCAACCUUUGAGGAUGGCUCAUGGCAAAUAUGUAACAAGUUUGCUCCAGUUUUGUUUUUUUUUUUUAUAAAUUGCAUUUUCCUUUAGUUCAAUACCUUGAAUUCAGAGUGCCUUCUUUACUCAGACUAUUACAGCUAAUGACGUUUUCAUUGCCAAAACAAAGUAAUAUUGAAACUUUCACCGUGAAUUUUUGAAAUGAUGCAAAUAGUUUUAUUGUAUUGGCUGCAAGAUAAUGUAAGAGCUUCAAACCAUGUGAUGUACAGCAAAAGACCAAAGUUUGAACGGAUUAAGAAACAAUAGUGAACAACAUCAUAAUUUAUGUUACAGGGUAAGCUAAUGAGCUGAGUAAUUGGGAUUCCAUUCUCAAACCAUUUACUCCUCAGCUCUGCAAUGGUCCUCUGAAAUUUGUUAAUGAAUCUAAAUUCUGUUUUUGAAAAGCAUUGGGUAAGUCAAGUUUUAAUGAACUUUCCAACAACUAAAUCUCAAGCGCAGUUAUUUUUAAGUAAGACGGUAGCAAGAUACACUAAACAAAUUAACCAAGCUCAAUUAAAAUACGAACUUAAACAGCUUUACUGAAAAAAGUAGAAGUACUAUCUAUUGUAAUGGUCUGUAAUGUUUCCAGAACGUUCCCUUGGUGACAACUUUAUGUCAAUUCAUCGACCUUUGUACCGCCAGUCAAUAUGGUUUUGUGCGUAACACACUUCAGCAUAACUGAAGGAAAAUAGGAAAUAGUUCUUACGAAAGUUUGUAAACCCGCUUCCAUCCCAAUUCUGAAAUGCCAAAACAGUUGUAAAGGUCCUUUUUGCAGUUCUUAUUUCUUAUUUGGAAACUUCACAAUGUGACGGUCUCGGUUAGUGUUGAGGUUACAACUCGAAUACAAAAAUAGCAUACACGUGUAUGCAUGAGCUCUCGCAAUUAACUUCGUCCCAGAUUUCUGGUGAAAGGAUCUUGUUUCAACAACAUCAUUCGGAAAUCCUCUAAUUACUAAGACUGUUGUGUCCCCUUUCUGAUCAUUAACGUCGCUUUAACAACGAUAUUUUUACAGAUUGAAGCGCACUAGUUUACCGAGUUCAUGUUUUGUGUUCACUAAUUGUAAUCCACCUAUGAAUAUCACCCCAUCAGGAACUUACUUUUAAUUGCAUCUUUUUGUCUUUAUCCUUUGUGGCCUCAUCUAGUAUUGUUCUUGAUUCAGUCUUUCACUAGCCUCGAUGUUGAAAACGGUUUCUUGCUGAACAUUUACUUUACACCGCCAAACAUUGUUCGAUUAUAAAUUUGUAGCAAACUGCAUUGAAGCAUAAUUUUUAGCUAUGCAUGAGAGACCAUGGGUCUAUCUGCCCUUGUCAGGGAUAAUAAGCACAAAGGUUCGAAGAACAUUUUAUUAAUCAAUUUUUGUUUACGUGUCCUCUUGUAACGGGCGUUUCCCAAAAGAGAUGUUCACUUGUGUUCUGAAAGCGUUGAAUUGAGAUAAAAUUGUGCAAUUUUUCUGUUUUGAUUCAAGUUUGACCUUUUUUUUUUCAGAUGCAAGCCCUGUUCUACCACAACCAAAGCAAGUCGCAGGCAUUUCAUGGUAACCUGGACACAAAGUCGGUACGUAAGGCCAUCACCCUUCACCCAGUAAAACAACCGUCGUACAUGUACCGUUUGCAAGCACAUUUCAUGUCCAUGCGCAUUCAAGACCUUCAGUACCAAGCAACUAAGCUGCAAAGAGUCCUCAAGAACAUGGAUCUACUGCUGAACUCUACGAUCAGUUCGCUGUCAACGGAAGAAAAAACCAGCCUCCAAGGCGUGCGAGAUUUUCAUCACCAGCUUAGUUCAAGAUACCAUGAGCCUUGGGACAUGUUCACGGCGCAAAAAUUCUACUCCGUAGCCACGCUUCAGCCGCCUGAAACAGGCAUGCGCGACCCGUGGAAAGACGGACUUAAUCACGUGCUUGGGCAGACAAUGGGAUUAAUCAAUGAGGAGGCAAAGCGAGUUCUUCAUCGCAGCCUUGAAUUUAAAAAAAUGAAUCACGGGUACAUGCGAGUACAUCCGCUGUACGGUGCACAGUACCUCAUGGACAUGCUCAUGAAGUAUCAUCGGCACAUUGGACACAACCGGAGGCGCAUGACGGUACACGUGCGUCACCACGCCUUUCUACAAUUGCCAUUUGGCAACAUGGUCUACAGGGCCGAGCCCCUACUAAAAGAGGUCCCCUCGGUGCAUUUUAUCCUCCCCCUAACUGGUCGCAUUGGAACGUUCCGCCGUUUUAUGAAGAAUUUCGAGGACGUCUGCCUGAAACGACGAGAGAAUGCGAAACUUCUGGUGGUAUAUUUUCCUUCCGUGACUCCUGCGCAUGAACACAAAACUGUAAUGAAAGACUACCAAACGAGGUAUCCUGAGGCAGAUCUAUUGUGGCUGGAAGCAAUAGGAGAUUUUUCACGCGGCCUUGCUCUUUCUCUUGGGGCGAACCAGUUUGACAAAAGUGCUUUGUUGUUCUUCUGCGACGUCGAUUUGGUUUUUAAUGCCGAGUUUCUGUAUCGCGCUCGUAUGAACACGAUACUUGGUCAACAAGUGUAUUAUCCUAUGGUGUUUAGUCAGUUUGAUUCCGAGAUCACUUACCCAAAUCAUACAGUUCCCAAAGACCAGUUCACAGUGAGCAAGGACGCUGGAUUCUGGCGAGCUUAUGCGUUCGGCAUAGUCGCUGUUUACAACCACGAUUUACGAGUUGUUGGGGGUUUUGACACAACAAUUCAGGGGUGGGGGCUGGAAGAUGUGGAUUUGUACGAGAAGUUUGUUAGGCAUCAAGACAUUAGCGUGUUCCGUGCGGCGGAUCCUGGCUUGGUUCACGUAUACCAUCCGGUCAUCUGUGAUCCUAAGCUUGUAGAUCGACAAUAUGCUAUGUGCCAGGGCUCGAAAGCGUCCGGUUUUGGCUCAGAAAAGUCGUUAGUCCGUCAUAUGUUGUCAAAAGCUUACAUAAAUAGGUAAAGUUACAAAACAGUAGAAAGCAAUUUUAAAUUUAAUUUCGAAACUAUUCUGGAUCAGAUUGGUUUCGCUGUACUUCGCUCAGUGAUUCGUGAAGGAAUUUGCGUCUCCUUUCCGACCAAUUAAAUUAAAAAGUAAAUUAAUCGCAACUCGGUAAUUUGCGUCUUCCCGCGCUACAGUCUCUCUGCCUUUUUUUUUGGUUGAGGUCUCAUUCGCUUCUGGUGAUAUUUCCUAUGUUUCGAUUGGCCGCUGUUAUUAUUAUUAUUAU